AUGAACAUUCAACCAAGUUAUCAAGGUUAUAUUGAAAAUGAACAAGAUGCUUUAUUGAUUUUACAAGCUGUCAUUGACGGUUUUUUAGUCCAUGUACCAAGAAGAUUAUAUGAUAUAGAGAGGCCGUAUUUGAUAAUAUCGGGUAAUAUUUUUAUAUUCAUUGAAGAAAUUUCGGGUAUUAAAAGAUGGACAGAUGGUAUCACUUGGUCACCUUCCAGAAUAUCAACUAAAUUUUUGGUUUAUAGAGAGUACUACAGAGCAAGCAAUAACAAUAAUAAUAAUAAUAAUAAUACUAUCAAUAAUAAUAAUAUUGAUUUAUUUUCUUCUUCUUCUUCUUCUUCUUCUUCUUCUUCGGCAUCUUCGUCGCUUUCAAAUAAAAUUAAAAAUAGGCAUCCUUCACGUUCCUUAAAUGAUUUAGAAAUUAACUCUAAGAAUAGUUCAGAGACAAAUUCAAAUGCUGUUAAAAGAUAUAUCAUUUACACAGGUUUCGUUAAGAAAACAAUUUCUGUCAAAUUUAACAAUCAAACAUUCCAUAUUGUAUCUUAUUAUAACGUAGAUGAUAUUAAUAAUAAAAAAUUCAUACCGUUGAAAAAAGAUAUCUUCUUUAAAUAUAUCAAUCCUUCAAAACAAUUGAUAACUGCAAUUAAUAAUAUUAAAUUGACCUUCACUCCAAAUACCAAUAAUAGUAACAGUAGUAAUAAUAAUAAUAGUCGUAGCAGUCGUAGCAGUCGUAGCGAUAAUGCGAGUGUUAGUAUGGGAGGUACCAGUAGCAGCAGUAAAAAUGAGGAUCAUAAUAAAAAUGAUAUAUCGAAUUCAACAAAGGCUAAGAAAGAGAAUAAAUCAAAUAAACAGAAAAAAACAGGAUCAAACGAAUUGCCAAAAUCCAGUUAUUUAAAUUCAAGUUAUUCAUCUUCUUUGUCUUCAUCGUCAGCAUCUGUAUCUAAUUCACCAUCACCACCAGAGUCACCUUCGAAACAACAAUAUGGGAAGAGAAGAAAUAGAAAAUCAAGAAGAAAAAAUAAAUCUUCAACUAAUAGCAGUCGUAGCAGUACUGAUAUAAACACAAACAUUAAUGGAAAUUCCAUCUCCUCACAAGGUACUAUCUCGGGAGUAUCAACGGCAUCUGCAUCGACCGAAUCUUCAUCUGCGUCAACGUCAUCUGUUCCAUUUUUAACGUCACCAUCUUAUAAAACUUUAAAUAUGUUCGAUAACAACAAAAAGUAUAAAUCGAAUUAUAAUAAUAGUAUUACCAAAUUAAAUGAGAAUACUCAAGUCUCGACACCAGCCUCGAGUAUUAAUAAUAAAAAUAGUCAAUUAGCCGGUAUGACAGGUAAAUUUUACAAUUUAUCUGCGAAUAGUGCUAAUAGUAGUUCAAAUACAAUUAAUUUGACAAAAUUCGAUAUGGAUUCAUUAGUAGAUGAUUAUAAAACUAAAAAUCUUAAUAAAAAUCUAAAUGCAUUUCAACAUUCAAAAACUUUAAAUGAAUAUAAUAAUAUGAUGAUGAGCUCAUACAAUAAUGAAUUAAAUAAUGGAAAAUGGACAAACCAAAAUUCGCAAAAUAAUAAUAAUAAUAUGCUAAGAAAUCAAGUAAAUAACGAAGGCACUAAUGCUUAUAUUUCUGAUGAUAUACAAACGCGUCAACAAAUGCAACUUCCGCAAACGAUAAGUACUGAUCAGUUGUUUAAUCAAAUGAACCAAAAUUCAGUGAAUAAUAACUUUACCCAAAUUCCAAUAGCAAUGAAUAAUUAUCAAAAUAUUAAUCAGGUGGAUCCAAUUAAUCAAAAAGGAAUACCCUAUGAUAAUUCAAACAAUAUUCAAUAUGCUCCAACUGUUGAUCCAAAUUUCCCAAUAUCACAAAAUGUAAAUUCAAUUGGAGCCCUACCAUUAUACCACCAACCUGGUACUCAAUCACAAGGAAAUUUCUAUCCUCAAAAUAGUAUUCCAAUGGCAUAUCCACUAAUAUCUCAACCUAAUAAUCAUGCCAGGUAUCAACAAUUAUCAAACAAUCCAGACAUAGGGACACCGUUAGGUCCAGUUUAUCAAAUUACUAGAGAAAAUUUGAAUACAAAUAAUAUUAAUAUGAUGAACUAUGAUAAUAAAUUGAAAUCGGCAAACUCCAUGUCUAAUGGCAAUUCGACUAAUUUCCAACCAUAUUUGAAUCAACAAUUUUCUACUGUUACAUCAGAAUCAAUUUCAAGUUUACAAAAUCAAAUAGGUAAAAACCCUGAUCCUGUAAUGUCAUUGAAUAAGAAUUCAAACUUUAGCAUUGGUAGUGAAUACAAUGAAAAUUUUAUGACAAGAAACGACAUCACCUCAAACAGUAUAUCUACUGAGGAGGCUGCAAAAUCUAGUAGCUCAGAUAAUUAA